AUGUUGAGUUAAUUAUGCUUUUAAAAACUAGAGAAUUUCAAAAGAGCAGAAGAAUUCUAUCUCUACACUCUUGAAAAAAGGCCUGAAGAUCCUAAAAUUUUAAUUGCUCUCUUUAAGAUGUAUUAAAAAUAAGGAAAAAGCAAUUGAGUAUGGCUAAAAAUUAAUAACAAUAAAGUAGAAUAUCAAUUUAUGUUUAGUAAAAAUGCUGAUAUUCGAAAAGCUAUGGAUGCGAAAGUUGGAUAUUGUGAAAUUUUGCAUGAAAAUUAAGAAAUGAAGCAUAUAUUCAUUUUUUAGAAUUAUUAAAAAAUGGUUCAGCUGAAAAAGUUUAUAAAGUAGCCAAAUUUAUAUUCCAUAGAUUAUUGAUCUUAAAUUAAUAGAUGUGAUAAUAGUUUAACUCCGUAAUCCUAUAGUUUAAACAAAAGAUAUCUAAUUAAAUGCCUAAUUUUGAAAUAUUAGGAAUCAUAGCUAGAAAAGUAGAAUCUAAAAUUCCUCUUAGAAUUUAGAGAUAUCGUAUUUGGGCUAGCUAUUUCAAAAGAACAUCAUGUUGUAUUAUUUGAUUGGUUAGAAUUACUUCCUUCAAGUUGUUUCUUAUUGGAUUAAGUCUUGAAAUAUUGUCAUUACUCUCUUGAAUACAAUAUUAAAUUUUUAUUAGAGUAAUGUAUAAUUUUGUUGAGUAAUGCCAAUGAAGGAGUGACAUAUUUAAACUAUAAUUAUUAUGAUGAAAAACAAUACAAUAAAACUACUUUAAAAGCAUAAGCUUUCUUAGCAUUUAUGAGAAUUUAUGCGUCUUAAAUAGUCUAAUAAUGUGGAAAUUAGUUUUUAUCUGUGAUAGAUAAAUUACUAUAAUAAAAAAAACUUUGA